CAGAGCUGACAGAGCUGCUGUCGUUUCUCUGCAGUCCGUCUCUGCUAAUCCUCCAGUUUCACACUCCGCUUUGCGCCGCGCCGGUGUGCGUCGGAUGGAACUACCCAAGCGCGCAUCUGUUCUCCUAGAUAAAGAUUAAGAGCCAGAAGAUGCCCUCCAUAGAACAUAAUGGCAGCAGCACAACACUUGUUUCCAACGGGUUCCCACAGACGCCUAAAGAGGGCAAGGAACGGGGACAAUGGGCAAACAAGACCGAGUUCAUCCUCACCGUGCUGGGAGCCGUUAUUGGACCUGGGAACGUGUGGAGGUUUCCUUACCUGUGCUACAAGAACGGCGGAGGUGUGUUUUUCAUCCCAUACAUCUUGUUCAUAUUCACCUGUGGACUCCCCUUGUUCUUCCUGGAGACUGCGAUGGGGCAGUACACCAGCCAGGGAGGGAUUACGUGCUGGAGAAAGAUCUGUCCGCUCUUUCAAGGCAUGGGCUACGCCAGCCACUUGAUCAUCUCUGUAAGCGCAAUCUCUUAUAUCAUGAUCAUCGCGUGGUCGUUCUUUUACAUGUUCUCAUCCUUCAGUUCAGAACUGCCUUGGGCCUCUUGCGGGAACUACUGGAACACAGACUCAUGCUUCGACCACCACCUGAAUCUGAGCUCGGCCUUGAGACUGAACACCACUCUUCCAGUUGUGGAGUUCUGGGAACGUCGUGUUUUAAACAUCUCUGGUGGCAUCGAAGAAUUGGGCAGCCUGAGGUGGGAACUGGUCCUGUGUCUCAUCCUGAGCUGGGUCAUCUGCUACUUUUGCAUCUGGAAGGGAAUCAAGUCAACAGGAAAGGCAGCGUACUUCACGGCCACCUUCCCUUUCGUUGUUUUGAUUAUUUUGCUCAUACGUGGUGUUACCCUGCCGGGGGCAAUAGAUGGAAUCAUCUACUACCUUUACCCUGAUGUCUCUCGCCUCAAAGAUCCCCAGGUGUGGAUGGACGCUGGCACUCAGAUCUUCUUCUCGUAUGCCAUCGGUCUUGGUUUUCUCACCUCGCUUGGGAGUUACAACCCUUACAACAACAACUGUUACAGAGACUGCUUCUACCUGUGUCUGCUGAACAGUGGCACCAGUGUAGUGGCGGGCUUCGCCAUCUUCUCUGUCCUGGGUUUCAUGACAUAUGAACAAGGCGUGGAUAUCUCUGAAGUGGCACAAUCAGGCCCAGGACUGGCGUUCAUAGUCUACCCUCGAGCGGUAGCCCUGAUGCCCAUGCCGCAGGUGUGGUCAGUUUGCUUCUUCCUCAUGAUCAUUCUGCUUGGACUGGACAGUCAGUUUGUUGGCUUGGAGUGUGUGAUGACAUCCGUGGUUGAUCAUUUCCCCGCUUACCUGCAACAAGGAUACAGACGUGAGAUCCUUCUGCUCAUCAUCUGUUGCGUCUGCUUCUUGCUGGGACUCCCUUUCGUCACGCAGGGGGGGAUAUACAUUCUGCAGCUGUUUGACCAUCACGUCUGCAGCGGUAGCACCCUGCUGCUCCUCUCCUUCUGCCAGUCUGUCAGUAUCGGCUGGGUCUACGGCGCUGACCGUUUUUACGCCAACAUCGCAGACAUGAUUGGUUAUCGGCCAUAUCCAUUUAUGAAGUACUGCUGGCGUUACAUCACUCCCUUCAUGUGCUUUGGAACCUUCAUCUUCUCCAUCGUCAGAUAUUCCCCACUGAAGUUCAAUAACACCUACGUUUAUCCACAUUGGGCCAACAUUUUGGGUUGGUUAAUCGCUGCAACCUCCCUUUCUCUCAUCCCUCUGUUUGUGUUAUUCAAAAUAACGCAAGGCGAAGGCAGUCUUCGACAGCGUUUCUACUUGCUCUGCCAGCCCGAGACCAACCUGGACCAUGUAUAUCCACCUAUUCCUAUGGAAGCCAACGGGAGCCAAGUGGAGCUGGUGUAUUCAAUCCAGAACGGAGAAUUCACUGAGUUAAAGCAAACAAUCUACACGGAUAAUAGGUGUAUUGUAAAAAGGCAUGAGAUGAUCUGAGCUCACAGUCAGUGAAAUUAAAGAAUAAUUGCUUGAUGUGACUUAUAAUGAUACGCCCCAAACCCAAAGUCUUUGUCUGCAGAAAUGAUCUUCCUGCCUCAACAAAAAUCUUUGGGAACUCUUUAAAGACUGAUUUAUGGUUCCGCGUUACACCAACGCAGAGCCUACGGCGUAGGUCGCCGCGUACCCUACGCCGUAGGCUACGCCGUCGAUUUAAAGCGACACUACGUAACUUUUCCACCUUAAUAUCAUAUUUCCAGAGUCAUUGUGAUGGUACAUCAACUUCCAACAGGUUUAAUGACACCUCUGUCAUGGUCUGAGGGGUCUGUAUCACCUUCACUGGCACUAUGUAACUUUGAGGAGCAUGGUAGGAACCCUGCCACACUAAAAAACUACAAAUCGUUACGACUUUGACUGCUUUACGGCAUACGUCACUUCCCCCUCCUUCCCGAUUCGCAGUCGAGACGAAAAUGGGCGGGGCGUGGAGCUCAGAGCUCUGCAGAGAUGGUAACCCUUUGCUGUUGUAGCUGCAGCAGCUCCACACACAACAGACGUAGGGAAAAGAUCGCUAAUGGUUUAACUUUUCAACGGUUUCCUGCUCGGAGACAGAACCACGGAGGCCAAUUAUCUAAUAUAACAACGUAAAAGAGUGAAAGAGUCGUCGGCUCGCUUUGGAUCGCGGCUGUAACGACCAAACACAGGCUUCCACACAGUAAAGCCUGGAUUAUGGUUCUGCGUUAAAUCGACGCAGACCUACGGCGUAGGGUACGUGGCGACGCCCAACGUACGGUGCGUGUCGCCGCGUACCCUACGCCGUAGGUUCUGCGUCGAUUUAACGCAGAACCAUAAAUCAGCCUUAAACCACAAACACUCACACAGACCGGGUCGGAUCAAAACACAGGUUUUAUUCCCCACUUCGCCAGCUAAACGCAGUUGCUGGCCAGCUCUCUGCGGUGCAAUUAACCCCAAUCUUCAGAUAAAACUAGUUUGUUGAGGAAAAAAUAUUAACUCUUAUUUGUAGCUGCAGAGGAAAAAAAUAAUCUCACGAGGAAAACAAAAAUAUUGCUCACGCCUCGGAGCCUCUUCACCAUAAUAUAGCAGUCAAAAAAAAAGAAAAGAGAAGUAAGAGGGAUACAAAACAUGUACUGUAUGUUGUACUAUUAUACUAAUUUAUUGAAACACAUGGCUCUUCAGUAGGGAUUUCAUAUGGAUCCAGACCAUUAAUAAUCAUUAUUUUCUCCAUAUACUGCUCCCUGGCUUCCUUGUUUAAGGUAUCCCGGUAAAUUCCAGUUCCUUUCCAGCAGUUUAACAUCUUUUUUUUUGCGUUCCGUCUGUUCACUUGGUGAAACAGAAAAGCGUCCCGUCUUCUCUCAUCAAAACAAAUGCAGCGACGGGACAGGAGUUUUCCGGCAGUACGCACUGGUGCUCAUGGGAAAUGUAGUGUUCUUUCUGGUAAAACACUACCGCUUUUCUCCAAAAGAUGCCGCCAAACUCAGAAAAGCUGAAAGUUACGUUGUGCUGCUUUAACGCAGAACCAUAAAUCAGGCUUUAGAAAGAUGAACGCAUGCUUCUGCCCAGACAGGAAUCAGUGGCGUUCAAACACUCUGCUGCCACCUUGUGUCUGUAGGUCGCAACCGCAGUCUAACCUCACGCUUCCCCUCAUUCCGCAUCAUCACUGAGUCACACUACAGAAUUAAAGGCAGUAGAAACCACUGAACUCCACCACAUUACAGUCUUUUGCUAGGUUUGAUCUCCUAGCGACGCAGAAGUGUGUUGUUUUUACAGACUUCAAUCACCCAAUCAAAUAAAGGCUCCCAAACACGGGUCAAUGGCAGAAUAAGCUGCCAGACGUGGAAAGUUCUUUAUGGACUUAAACCACAAGAGCAUUUUCCUUACAAAUGUGGCAAUAUUUUAUGGAAGUAAACAGGUUUAUUUAACUAUAUAAGAUUAAUUGCCAAGAAGCACAUUUAAAACAACUAAAUAAUCAACAUGUCCAUAGGCAUGUACCUAUGGACAUGUGUAUGUAUGUAUGCGUAUGUAUGUGUGUGUGUGUAUAUAUAUAUAUAUAUAUAUAUAUAUAUAUAUAUAUAUAUAUAUAUAUAUAUGUGUGUGUGUGUAUACACAGUAUGCGUGUGUGUGUGUAGGUAUGUGUAUGUACUAUUGUAUUAUUGCUUACACAAAUACUGUAUGGAAUGAUAUGUAUUAAUGACAUUGCACUAGUUUAUAAAAGCUAACAUUUUUUUGUGAAAAGGGUAGGCGCCAUAAGCUUAGGCUUCUGUCUACACCUUUUGGUCCUUGGUUUAUAUAUAUACCAAGAAUUAUAUAUUCUUUUUGUAUAACACCGACGAAUUACACCUGUACUCUGAGUUUGUGGGAACUGAAAGGACCAAUAAACUAAACUAAACUAAACUAAACCAAAUACAAAUGUUCUUACUCUUUGUGCUAAGGAAUAUGAGAAUA